CAUUCCAUUCACAGUACAAAGAUAGCACCAGCACUCCACUAAAAUGUUGGAAAAAGAAAAGGAAAGGUCGCUGAGUGAGAAGUGUGUUUGCUUUGCAGGGCACCAUGCCGUCGACUCUGAAGCAUCCUUCACAUGUGCCCAUGUGGAAGGGCGUCAAGGUAGCCUACGCCAUCGUUGCGCUCUGCUUCUACCCCCUGGCCAUCGGUGGCUUCUGGGCCUACGGAAACCAGAUCCCUCCGAACGGCAUCCUGAGCGCCCUGUACAAGUUCCACAGCCACGAUGUGUCCCGGCUGGUGCUGGGGAUCACCACGCUGCUGGUGAUCAUCAACUGCCUGACCACGUUCCAGAUCUACGCCAUGCCCGUGUACGACAACAUGGAGGCCGGGUACGUGCACCGGAAGAACCGUCCGUGCCCCCGGUGGCUGCGCUCGGGCUUCCGCGCCUUCUUCGGCGCCGUCAACUUCCUCAUCGCCGUCGCGCUGCCGUUCCUGUCGGAGCUCGCCGGCGUCCUGGGAGGGAUCGCGCUUCCCGUCACGCUGGCGUACCCGUGCUUCAUGUGGGUGGCCAUCAAGAAGCCGCGCAAGGGCACGGCGACGUGGAACGUCAACUGGGCUCUGGGCAUCCUCGGGAUGAGCAUAAGCUUUGUGCUCAUAGUCGGGAACCUCUGGGGUCUCGUGGAGAAAGGCUUGCGUGUCAAGUUCUUCAAGCCUGCGGAUGUCCAGUGAACGCGUGCAAAAUUGUCAAAAACUCGGGGUCUCGAUUCCUAAUGAAAUAUGACGUUUGGUGUUGUGUACCUUGACAAUUUUCAAAGAAGCAAAGUAGAACUAAGACCAUUGAGGUGCUAA